AUGAAGGCCAGUGUUCCCUACGAGGUCUUUCUACAUGUUAUUGAGCAGCUCAUCGAGAUGUCAAAGGACCGCUACGACAUCAAGGUGUGGUCUCUCGGCUAUGAGCACAGCUUGGCCACCAAGCUUGUGCUCCACGAGCUCAAUAGCACAAGGGUCAGGUCAGAGACCAUCGCCCACCAGCGCCACCAGAAGUUGCGCCUUGCCCUGCAGAUCAACCAGCAGUCCAGACGCAUGGUAGAAAAGACCUACGCCCGCCUUCCUAUGAUGGUCGCCAACCCCGACGGGCUCACUCGCGGCCUCAGCCCGGUCAAGGCAUUCGUCCCUCUCACAGACGAAUAUAUCCCUUUCUUCACAUCUCUUCAAGAAGGCCGAGAGUUCGAGCAGUUCAUCUACAAUCAAGCAGUACUUUUGCCCUCUUCGUCCGGCUACGCCCUCCUCACUCGCAUCGAGAAGAUCUUUCUUCCGUUUUUGCGCUACCUCACCACUAAAAAUGCGGAGUCCCUUGCAACUCUCGUUAGACUACCAAACCUUAAGUCAAUCGUCUUCAACACAGUCUCCAUCAUCGCUGGCUACUCAGUGCCCAUGUACGAUGAUCCCGAGCUUCUGGCGAUCCACCCGGGCUGGAUGAAGAUCGAGGGUCACCGUUACCCAGAUAUGAAGAUUUGGGAGGAGAGACACGGUCGUGCCUUUCGCAAGUUGUGGCAUCCGUUCGAGCGGCGUGAUAUUGAGUUGUUUGCGUUCAGAGAUAACAUCAAGCCGGCUGUUAUGAAGAUGAAGGUUACCAAGGAGGGUAUCCGCGUUAACCAUCUUUUCCCCGACUGCUCUUGUUGCCCUCCCGACAUUGAGUACAACGACAAGGAGAGUUGA